GGCAGCGCGCUCGCGGCGGGCGCGCGGGGAUAUAGGAUGUGCCGCCGCCGCCGCCGCCGCUGCAUGGCUCUGUCCGCCGGCGGCCGCGCCAGCUGCCUGCUCGCCGCCCCUGCGCGCCGGUGACUCCCUCGCCCGGCUUCUGCCCGCUGCAGCCCAGGCUCCCGUCCGUCCCCGUCCCCCCCGCCGGGGCUGCCCUGCUGCGGGCAGCCUCCAUGCGCUGCCCAUGGCCGGGGCACAGCCAGGCGUCCACGCGCUGCAGCUCAAACCCGUCUGCGUCUCCGACCUGCUCAAGAAAGGCACCAAAUUUGUCAAGUGGGACGAUGAUUCUACUGUUGUGACUCCAAUUCUUCUCAGAACAGAUCCACAUGGAUUUUUCUUUUACUGGACAGAUCAGAAUAAGGAGGCAGAGCUGCUCGAUCUCAGCUUCGUCAGAGAUGCCAGAUGUGGGAAACACGCCAGAGCUCCCAAGGAUCCAAAAUUGCGUGAACUGUUGGAUGCUGGGAACCUAGGAGGUCGGCUGGAGAAUCGAAUGAUAACUGUUGUCUAUGGUCCAGACCUGGUCAAUAUAUCAUACUUGAACUUAGUGGCAUUUCAAGAAGAAAUAGUAAAGGAAUGGACGGACGAAGUUUUCAGUUUGGCAACAAACCUGCUGGCACACAACAUGUCGCGGGAUGCAUUUCUGGAAAAAGCUUACACAAAACUGAAGCUGCAAGUCACUCCAGAAGGACGUAUUCCUCUGAAGAGCAUAUACCGCUUGUUUUCCGCUGACAGAAAGCGAGUAGAGACUGCAUUAGAAGCUUGUAGCCUUCCCUCUGCCAGGAAUGAUUCAAUCCCUCAAGAGGACUUCACCCCAGAAGCAUACAGAGUAUUCUUAAACCAUCUCUGCCCUCGGCCUGAAAUUGACCACAUCUUUUCUGAGUUCGGUGCCAAGAGCAGACCAUACCUUACUGUUGAUCAGAUGAUGGAGUUUAUAAAUUAUAAGCAACGUGAUCCACGGUUAAAUGAAAUCCUUUAUCCGCCGAUGAAACAGGAGCAAGUUCAACAACUCAUUGAGAAAUAUGAACCCAAUAAUGCUCUAGCGAAAAAAGGGCAGAUAUCAGUGGAUGGAUUUAUGCGAUACCUGAGUGGAGAGGAGAAUGGCGUUGUUCCACCUGAGAAACUGGAUUUGAAUGAAGAUAUGUCUCAGCCAUUGUCUCACUAUUUGAUCAAUUCCUCACACAACACCUACCUCACAGCUGGACAGCUGGCUGGUAACUCCUCAGUAGAGAUGUAUCGCCAAGUGCUCCUGUCAGGCUGCCGCUGUGUGGAGCUGGACUGCUGGAAAGGACGAACAGCCGAAGAAGAGCCUGUCAUUACACAUGGAUUCACCAUGACAACGGAAAUAUCCUUCAAGGAAGUAAUAGAAGCUAUUGCUGAGUGUGCAUUUAAGACAUCGCCUUUUCCGAUCCUCCUUUCCUUUGAAAACCAUGUGGAUUCCCCUAAGCAGCAAGCCAAAAUGGCAGAAUAUUGCAGAUUAAUUUUUGGAGAUGCACUGCUCAUGGAUCCACUGGAAAAAUACCCACUUGAAAGUGGUGUUCCCCUUCCAAGCCCUAUGGACUUGAUGUACAAAAUUCUGGUGAAGAAUAAAAAGAAAUCACAAAAGUCUGCCGACGGAAGUUCAAAAAAGAAGCUCUCUGAGCAGGCUUCCAACACGUGCAGUGAUACGUCCAGCGGGUUUGAACCCUCAUCUCCCGGAGCAGGAGAAGCAGAGAUCGAGAGUGACGAUGACGAUGACUAUGAUGAUGACUGCAAAAAAUCGUCAACGGAUGAAGGCACUGCUGGCAGAGAAGCCAUGGCCACUGAAGAAAUGUCUAACCUGGUGAACUACAUACAGCCAGUGAAGUUUGAGUCUUUUGAGAUAUCAAACAAACGCAACAGGAGUUUUGAAAUGUCUUCCUUUGUGGAAACCAAAGGGCUUGAGCAGCUCACGAAGUCUCCAGUGGAAUUUGUGGAAUAUAACAAAAGACAGCUUAGCAGGAUUUAUCCAAAGGGAACACGUGUAGAUUCCUCAAACUACAUGCCACAAGUCUUCUGGAAUGCUGGCUGUCAGCUGGUUGCUCUUAACUUCCAAACUGUAGAUUUGUCUAUGCAAAUAAACAUGGGGAUGUAUGAAUAUAAUGGCAAAAGUGGUUACAGGCUAAAGCCAGAGUUUAUGAGAAGACCGGACAAACAUUUUGACCCAUUUACUGAAAGUAUUGUGGAUGGAAUAGUAGCCAACACUUUGUCUGUGAAGAUAAUUUCAGGUCAGUUUCUUUCGGAUAAAAAAGUUGGUACUUAUGUAGAAGUAGACAUGUUUGGCCUGCCUGUGGAUACAAGACGAAAAGCUUUAAAGACAAAGACCUCUCAAGGCAAUGCUGUUAAUCCUGUAUGGGAAGAAGAACCCAUAGUAUUUAAGAAGGUGGUUCUGCCUUCUCUGGCAUGUUUGAGGAUAGCAGUAUACGAAGAAGGAGGAAAGUUUAUCGGACAUCGGAUAUUGCCUGUCUCAGCAAUUCGACCAGGCUAUCACUACAUCUGUCUGAGGAAUGAGCGGAACCAGCCUUUGAUGCUACCAGCAGUCUUUGUGUACAUAGAUGUUAAAGACUACGUACCCGAUACUUAUGCAGAUGUGAUUGAAGCAUUAUCCAAUCCAAUUAGAUAUGUAAACUUGAUGGAACAAAGAGCUAAACAGCUGGCAGCGCUCACACUGGAGGAUGAAGAAGAGGUAAAGAAGGAGGUUGAUCAGGGGGAUGCACCAUCAGAAGCUAAUAAUGAGCCCAGACCAACACCAGCGGAAAAUGGACUAAGUCACUCCACGUCUCUGACAACGAAGCCAGCAACUCAGGUUGUCCAUAGUCAACCAGCCCCGGGUUCUGUGAAAGCACCUGCAAAAACUGAAGAUCUUAUUCAGAGUGUCCUAACAGAAGUGGAAGCACAGACUAUUGAGGAGCUAAAACAACAGAAGUCAUUUGUUAAACUUCAGAAGAAGCACUACAAAGAAAUGAAGGACCUUGUAAAGAAACACCACAAGAAAACCACUGAUCUGAUCAAAGAGCACACUGCAAAAUACAACGAAAUCCAGAAUGACUACCUGCGUCGUAGGGCAGUCUUAGAAAAAAACACAAAAAGGGAAAGUAAGAAAAGAUGUGAAACUGGCAGCCCGGAUCACAGUUCAACUAUUGAACAAGAACUGGCUGCCCUUGACUCAGAAAUGACCCAGAAGUUAAUAGAACUGAAGGAAAAGCAACAACAGCAGCUGCUCAACCUCCGACAGGAACAGUAUUAUAGUGAAAAGUAUCAGAAGCGAGAACAUAUUAAGCUGCUCAUUCAGAAGCUGACAGAUGUGGCAGAGGAAUGUCAGAACAGCCAGUUAAAGAAACUGAAAGAGACUUGUGAAAAAGAAAAGAAGGAGUUAAAGAAGAAAAUGGACAAGAAGAGGCAGGAGAAGAUCACAGAAGCUAAAUCCAAGGAUAAAAAUCAAGUGGACGAGGAGAAGACGGAAAUGAUUCGAUCAUAUAUCCAGGAAGUGGUGCAGUACAUAAAGAGGCUAGAAGAUGCUCAGAGUAAAAGACAGGAGAAACUUGUAGAAAAACACAAGGAGAUUCGUCAGCAAAUACUGGAUGAAAAGCCCAAGUUGCAAGGUGAACUGGAUCAGGAAUAUCAAGACAAAUUCAAAAGGCUCCCUCUGGAAAUUCUGGAGUUUGUACAGGAUGCCAUGAAAGGGAAAAUCAGUGAAGAUGGAGACCACAGUUCUGCCACUUCCUCCCUGACAUCUGAAAGUGGAAAACUGAACCAUAAACCUUUGCAAAAUGAAGAGGAAACAGAAGAAAAUAAUCCAGAUAAAGUGUUUGAUACUCCUUUUUAACUACCCAUGCCAGCCCACAAGCAACAGCUAUUGUGCCAGGGCAUGCCACUCCCAUGCUGCCCAUUCUCUGUUUUCCUGUUGUGAGCUGCCACAGAACAGCUUCUGAAUGCAGGAGGCAUCUGUAUUGAAGUGCACAUUUUACAAAGAAACAUUUUCUAAAGAUAUUGUGCAAAGGUCUUCAUUCUCAUUCUUCGGGUUUUUUUAUUAUACUAAAGCUUAGUGCAGUGAGAGCAAGGAAUGAAUGUGUUAAUGCUCCCCCACCCCAAUAUACAAUGCGUAAUUUUCAGGCCAUAUGCACUUUUAAGAUAGUUUAAUGAAGACCAGAGUAUUGUACACAGACAAAUGUGCACCGAUUUCCUUUUAAAGUGCCAGUGCAAAGCAUCCCAAACUAAUACUGAUCUUACGGAAUUGUAUGACAAUACUUAAUCAUUUUUGUUUCCUGCGUUCUAACUGCACCUUGACAGCUGUGUCAUCAUGUUACAUUUGCACUGAAACAUUUGAUCCUUUUUAGCUUUGCAAGCACUGGUGGCUUGCUGUCUUGAUAUUAUGUUUAUCAUAUGGAGAGAAAUACUGUAUAUUUGCUGCUGAAAAAAAUCCUUCGUUGGAACGGUGGUGAUUAGAGUAAGUUUAAAACCAAGAGUUGGACUUAGUCUGUGUAGAGAAAGAGUGUGUGUGUACUUUGUACAUUUCUGUGAGUGCAUAUAUGUUUGAGCAUAUAUAUAUAUAUGUGCACACACACACAUUAUACAUCCAUAUACACACACAGCAUGUAUGUAUUUGCAGUCGGUCUGCUCUCAUGGCAAAAUGAAAAGUUUCAGGGAUACGUGAAUAGAAAACCUUUAUAGAUUGUAACCUCUGGGUUACAGUGAUAUUAAACAAACAUUAAAUCAUAAGAUUCUUUUCAUGUUCUUGGUGUUGUAAAUUGAAGUACAUUUAGCAAAUAAAUUUGAUAUAUAUUUUGCAGACUUGAAAGUAUUGAUUUUAAGUAUCAUAUUUUAAGCUUACUGAAUUUAAUAGGGUUAUAAAAAUGUUUAAAACUAUAAGAUUUGAACAUUUAGGAACAUCUUCCAUCAUUUUUAAUUCUGCAGUUCAGUUUUACUAAUGUCUGAAGUUUAAAAGCAGAUUUAAAAACCCCACCCCUGUUAUUUCAAAUAUCUGUUAAUCCAUAUAUCCGUACUUUAACAUAAAAAAAUGUACUGUAUGAUAUGCAUGAGAGAAAUAAACUGCAUAUUUUCAGAAAUCUAUGUAAAAAUAAUUAGUAAGACUUUCUGAAAAUCAGGAUAUUUGAAAAGAGAAAGAAAAAUAUUGUUCUCUGGCAUCCCUAUGAAAGAGGAUAUGGGGUAUGAUAAUAUAUAUGGCCUGAUUCUCACUUACACUAAGGCCACUUCAUAUUGCUCCCAUCAUGUAAAGGAGUUUUAAAGUGAGCAUAAAUAUAAUUUACUUGUACUUUAAGGCCCCUUUAUAGUACCAGAGCAGUGGAACCCUAAGUGAAAAUGAGAAACAAGCUCACAAUGUAUAGAUUUUCAUACUUAGGCCACAGUCCUGCAAGCACUCCCAUGAGUAACUUUAUACACAUGAAUAAUCCUAUUGGAUUCAAUGAAACUACUCUGUGGAUAAUAAUGCUCGCAUACGUGUUUGCAGGAUUUGGGCCUUAAUUUGUAUUUUUAAAUACAUAAAUUUAAAUGGUCUAAUAGUAGCAUAGCAAAGCAUUUUAAUAAAUAAUAGCAAUUAAGUUACUUUACUUGCUUUCCCUCAGGAUUUUAGUAUUUUAAGUAACUUAUUUUAUUUAAAUUUAAGCAAUAAAUACCGAUCAAGCUUAAGUUUUGAGUUAAAUACGAUCUGUGUAUAUAUAUUAUAAGUUCAAAUCUUAGAAAACAAACAGUAUUUUGAUGUUUCUUUUUUAAACUUAGAGCAGGCAAACAGAAAAAUUGCACAUUCUUUGGAGAUCGUAUUUUGGAUUAAACUAUUCUGGUGGAUGAUGAUUACACUAAUUUCAUGACCAUAGAACUCAACAGUCUGACUUUCAGCUUGAUUUUAGAAAAAUCAGUCUACUUUUGCACUUUGAAGAUUGGCAUUAAUCAUUCGAUAAAAACCUAGAAUGGUAAAUUUAAUGCUGCAUUUUAUAAACUAAAAAUUACCUAGGUUGUUGAAAUUAUAGAAAGGCUAUACUAAUAGCAGUGUUCACAACAAUACUGAAGAUCAUUGCCUUAGGGUAAAAAUCAUGACUCCACUGAAGUUUAUGGUAAAACUUCCAGGGACUUCAGGGUAGCCAGGGCUUCAACAUUAGUCUUCAGAUAGACUUGGGCAAAUACAAAUCAGCCUUUUAUUUAUAUUUUACAAAGUUUAUGGUUGGACUAAGUAUACUAUCAGUUGUAGUCAUUUUACAGUAUGUUUGUAUUUGACCAUUUACUGUACUCACAUUUUUUAUAUCUGUACAGUGCUCCUUUUUGCAGUUGUCGGGUAGUGUGUAAUACUGUACACCUUGCAUUGUUCAGAGUAUUACAGUGAUACAGAGAUCAUUUAAUAUUCAUAUUACUUGAACUAAAUAAGAUAACGAAAAAAGGGUCAUUAUGAUGUGCAAGUCUUGUGCCUUUUAUGUAUUUGCCUUGUUAUGUGUUGAAUGUGUAGAAAUGCUGUACUGUGGACCUUUCUGUUGUAUAGAAUAGAACUCUCUAUAUUAAACUAGAUUGUGCACUUCAGAUAUCUUUACACUACUGAGAAUAGAUUGGUUUGGGCAGUAUAAGCAGAAUUUUAAAAGUUCUAAUGAAAUGCCGGACAUUUUGGAUUUAACAUGUUCAUAAUUAUUUUAAUUAAUGCUCAUGUAUUAAUUAUUAUCAUGUAUUCAUUAAAAGAUAACUAAAGGGACAUUGCUUGCCUUUCUUUCAAAUCAAUGUUGCUCUUGUACAUGGUAUUAAUGGCGUCUGUGAUUGAUUGGACUUUGGUGAUUUGCUUUAAAAAAAAAUAAGGAAUAUUUCAGUUAACAUGUACAUAUUUUCGUUUCUCAAUCUGAUUGUUUCAGAUGCAUAAUUCACAUUUUUGUAAGAAUUCUAUGCAAUUUUGUGGCAUGAUGUUUCUUCCAUUUGUAAUUUUAUGUGCUUUCAUCACAGAUCCA